AUGGAUUACACACUACUGCCUCCAGAAGUCACGGUGCUUCUACUUGGGGAUGCCGAGGUCGGCAAGUCGACAUUCUUAUCUCGCUUGACCCUCGGCGUUCGACCUCAGAAUGACGACCUUCCGCCAUACGAGCUCCCCACCCUCCGCGAUAACGACCAACCCUUCGUCUUCGAUAUCACCCUAUAUGGACGCCCAUACAGGCUGAACUUCUACGACACGUCUUCGCCCACCAACUACACGCUCCUCCACCCGAACUUCGUCAUCCUCUGCUACGACAUCUCAUCCCGCGCCUCCCUCGAAGCUCUCUCAUCGACGUGGUUACCAAUUGUGAACAAACACUUCAACUACGAUGAUAAUCUACCAGUCAUGGUCCUAGGCUUGAAGAGAGACCUGAGGAAGCAGUGGACGCUGGUCGAGGUGGGCGAGGAUAAGAAGGGAAAGGGCGCAAGCGUGAUGCCCCACGAAGGACUACAGACAGCGUCAACGAUGCUCUGCGACCACUAUGCAGAAUGCAGUGCUCUGACAGGAGAGCUAUGCCGCGAGGUCCUUGAGGACGUAGCUAAAACAAGUGCAAAGACGACGACUGAGGAUGGCGCAAAGAGCAAGGGACCCGACAUGUGCGCAAUCAUGUAG